GCGCGUGUUGACAGCGGCAGCCGCGGCGGUGCUGAGCCGGGCGGGCGGCGGGAGUCGGCGCCUCCGGUUCCUGCCUCCGGUCCCGAGGCGGCGGCGGCCGGGCGUCCCGGGAUGGCCUUCAUGGAGAAGCCACCGGCCGGCAAGGUGCUGCUGGACGACACGGUGCCGUUGACAGCAGCCAUCGAGGCGAGCCAGAGCCUGCAGUCACACACGGAAUACAUCAUCCGAGUACAAAGAGGAAUUUCUGUAGAAAACAGCUGGCAGAUUGUUAGAAGAUAUAGUGACUUUGAUUUGCUGAAUAACAGCUUGCAGAUUUCAGGUCUCAGCCUACCUCUUCCUCCUAAAAAGUUGAUCGGGAACAUGGAUCGUGAAUUCAUCGCUGAGAGGCAGAAAGGUCUGCAGAAUUAUCUCAAUGUUAUCACCACAAAUCAUAUCCUGUCUAAUUGUGAGCUGGUGAAGAAAUUUCUAGAUCCAAACAACUACACUGCAAACUACACUGAGAUCGCCUUGCAACAGGUUUCCAUGUUCUUCCGCUCGGAACCCAAGUGGGAGGUUGUAGAACCGUUGAAAGACAUAGGUUGGAGGAUAAGAAAGAAAUAUUUCUUGAUGAAGAUUAAAAAUCAGCCAAAGGAAUGGCUAGUGUUAAGCUGGGCUGACCUUGGCCCUGACAAGUACCUGUCAGAUAAAGAUUUUCAGUGUUUAAUCAAACUGCUUCCUUCCUGUUCGCACCCUUACAUCUAUCGAGUCACCUUUGCCACAACUAAUGAAUCCUCAGCAUUGCUAAUUAGGAUGUUUCAUGAAAAAGGAACUCUGAAGGACCUGAUCUAUAAGGCAAAACCAAAAGACCCGUUCCUGAAGAAAUACUGCAACCCUAAGAAGAUUCAGGGCCUUGAGCUCCAACAGAUAAAGACAUAUGGGCGGCAGAUAUUAGAGGCACUAAAGUUUCUACAUGACAAGGGUUUCCCUUAUGGCCAUCUUCAUGCCUCCAAUGUGAUGCUAGAUGGGGAUACUUGCCGGCUGCUAGACCUUGAGAAUUCCUUACUGGGCCUUCCGUCCUUCUACCGGUCCUACUUUUCACAGUUCAGGAAAAUUAAUACGCUGGAAAGUGUAGAUGUUCACUGCUUUGGCCACUUACUGUAUGAAAUGACCUACGGACGACCACCAGACUCAGUGCCUGUAGACUCCUUCCCUCCUGCACCGUCCAUGGCUGUGGUGGCCGUGUUGGAGUCCACGCUGUCUUGUGAAGCCUGUAAAAAUGGCAUGCCUACCGUCUCCCGGCUCUUACAGACGCCACUCUUCAGUGAUGUUUUACUAACCACUUCUGAAAAGCCACAGUUUAAGAUCCCCACAAAGUUAAAAGAGGCAUUGAGAAUUGCCAAAGAAUGUAUAGAAAAGAGACUAAUUGAAGAGCAAAAGCAGAUUCACCAGCAUCGAAGACUGACAAGAGCACAGUCCCACCAUGGCUCUGAGGAGGAAAGGAAAAAGAGAAAGAUUUUAGCUCGAAAGAAGUCAAAACGAUCUGCUAUUGAGAACAGUGAAGAACACUCAGCAAAAUACAACAAUUCCAAUAAUUCAGGAUCUGGGGCCAGCUCACCACUUACAUCCCCGUCAUCGCCGACCCCACCCUCUACAGCAGGGGUUUCAGCAUUGCCACCUCCACCUCCGCCUCCGCCACCAGCAGCUCCUUUGCCUCCAGCAAGCACAGAGGCAUCUGCUCCACUCUCGCCCCGGGCUGUGAACGGUGUGAGCCGAGGGGCCUUGCUCAGCUCCAUCCAGAAUUUCCAAAAAGGAACUUUGAGGAAAGCCGAAACCUGUGAUCACAGUGCUCCUAAAAUCGGCUGAGGAUUCCUGUUUACACAUGGAGGGAAAAGGUGUUUUGUUUUCUCCCAAUUCCCUUAAAAUACCCCCUGCCUGGAAAAAUCAUUGCUGAGCCGGAGCGGCCACAUUGUACACUGCAGGUACUCACAUAAGAGGUUUUUCAAGAGGGAAAUCUGGUAGAAGAUAGCUGGGCUGGCAU